AAGUUUUGCUAGAGGCGAGCACGGAAUAUCGACCACUCGGGUGUUUCUGGGCAUUCAAAGAGUUCGGGUAGAUGAUCCUAGAGCGGACGUAUUGGUAUGCAGAGUGUUUCGUCGAUGAUUCUGCGUGGCCAAUGCUAGAAGAAGAGAUGUGGGUAUAUAUAGAGCAAGAGCGAUGCACGUUAGCAAGAGAAGUAUCAAGCACUCAUAACAGUUCGCAACCUCUUCCCAACGCUCCAGGCUCUUCUUUCCAUCUCGCUCCUCACCAUGCGUUUCCAAAUCCUUGUCAAUGUACUUUUAGCUGCAACUGCCACAGCUUCUCCAGUCCUCAAAAACAGAGAAGUCACCACCGUCACUGUUUCUGGCACAACAGCAACCUCUUACCCCCAGCCUGCCUCUGAGAUCCAAGGCUUUCCCAUUCACUCCUCCUGUAAUGGUAGCGAGAGAGUGCAGCUCGAAAAGGCCCUUUGGGAUACCAUCAGAAUUUCCCAACAAGCCGCUCAGCACAUCUACACUCAUGGCAACAGCUCUGCUCUGUACACCAAAUACUUUGGCCAAGCUCCUACUGCAGAGGUAAUUGGCUGGUACGAGAAGCUGAUCCAUGGAGAUCACGACGGUGUUCUUUUCCGCUGCGACGACAUUGACGGAAACUGUCACCAAGAAGGAUGGGGAGGUCACUGGCGUGGUGAGAAUGGCACAGAUGAAACAGUAAUCUGCCCUCUCUCCUACUCCACCCGUCAACCCCUCGAAGCCAUGUGCUCGAAUGGCUACAGCGUCGCAAAUGGAGCUUUGAAUCAUUACUUUGCAGCAGAUCUUAUGCAUCGUCUGUUUCACACUACCAAGAUUGGUGAGGGAGCAGCAGAGCACUAUGCAGAUAGUUAUUCUGAAUGCCUGGAGUUGGCAGAGACAAAACCGGAGGAAGCUGUGAGAAACACACACUCAUUGCAGUAUUUCGCUCUGGAUGUUUAUGCCAUGGAUGUGGUUCUGGUGGGAGAAGGAUGUACGGGAAAGCCGAGUGAGGAAGAGGAAGACUCACAUGCUCCUGCUGCUUCUUCUUCUUCUUCUGCUUCGUCAUCGGUUGCAUCUUCGUCUGCUUCUUCGUCGGCUGCUUCUGCUGCCACUACUGCUGCUGCUAGCACCACCACCGCUCAAGUCGCUUCUCAGACCGCCACCAAGACUUCAAGUGCUGCUGCUGAAUGCCAUACCCACGGUGAUGGAGUGGUUCAUUGUGUCUAAAGCACUGCGGGAGGAGCACAAAACGGGAACUCUUACAUCAGGUAAUGAUAGUCAUAAAAGCAGAAGACAGUGUCGAAUGUUUACGAUCAGAUGUUUGACAUGCUAAAAGGGAAAUAAUGAAUGUAAAGGGAGAGCAGGAUGGGAAGAUAUGCUAAAGUCAAUAAAACCUCUCACCACGAACGCCCAUCGCUGGCAAAGUGACUUGUAAGCAACGAGUGAUUCUAUCGUGCAAACCUCCAGGCAUCAGAAUGGAAAACGAAGCAAGCAACCACAAAACAUCACAGUAGUG